AUGCAGAAGGAGAAUGCUUUAGCUAAGGAUCAGUCUGGCAUUGUGCAAUCAGAACUUAACGCCCCUGGAGGCAGCCCUUCUGGCCUCUUCCAGUAUCUUGGAGACACCUUCUGGUCCACCCUGAGUGCUGAGGUAGAAAGCAUCAAGCAGACUGCUCAUGAAGAGGACGACUUUGGGGACGAGAACCAGCCUCUGGAUGACGAAGUCGUUGACAGCCCCUCGAACUUGACCUCUAUGCCUCACGCCUACCAGUACCCUUCAAGGGCGACUCGGGAGAAGCUGUAUGAUAUGUUCUUCCGCAAUGUCGAUCCAGUAUUCAAGAUCCUCCACCAGCCUACAGUCCGGGCUCUGGUAUUGGAUGGCCUGAGGAUGAGGAGUGAUCCUCCCGCCGCAGCGCUGAGCUUUGCCAUCUACUACGCUGCGAUCGCUACAAUGUCCGAAGAGGACUGCGCGGAGAUCUUUGAGCAACGCAAGGUUGAAAUCGAGGCACAAUAUGAGAGGCUCUGCGAUGCCGCGUUGACGCACGCAGACUAUGUGACUUCUGAUUCACUGGAGACUCUGCAAGCAUUCGUAAUCUACCUCGCAGCCCUCCGUCGCUCCGACCAGACCAGGCGUACCUGGACACUGCUGGCUGUGGCUGUCCGCUCGGCUCAUGCCCUUGGAAUACACAUUGAGAAGCUCAGUAGAACAUCAAAGGUGUUCGAGACGCAACAGAGACGUCGGCUCUGGCAUGCACUCCGUGUGUUGGACCUGCUUGUCGCGAUCGAUCACGCCUCAGACCCGCUCGUCCUUCCAAACACUUGGGACGCUCAACUGCCUUUGGAUGUGAACGAUGCAGAUUUAUGGCCAGAUAUGACAGUCUUUCCAGCCUCUCAUUCUGACUUCACAGAGAUGACGUACUCACUGAUGACGCACGAAAUCGCGACCAUGUCCAUAGAAACGCAUUCAAUCCAGCAUGGCACAUGGGAAGACCGUCAAGCCAACGUGAAGAGUCUCGAAGACCUACUGUCCCCGCGAUACUUCUCGAGAUGCAACGAAACAAAUCCCUUGCAACGAUUCACAGUUGCAGUAGGAAAGACUAACAUCGCCACUCUAAACCUCCACGCAGCUCGCCCAACGAAGGCUUCGUCAAAGAAUCUGGACCUCAACUGCAACAGCGAGUAUCUCCUACAGCUUGCUUGUGAUGCAUUGAGCGGCCUGCAACAUUGCACCUCCGAUUCGACAAACGCUGGAUGGCGUUGGAGUCUCUGGCCACAGUGGCACUCUUUGGCAGUUGCUCUGGCAGCUUUGUGCAUUGUGCAAGAACCUGGCCUACAAGAGACAGCCUGGGCUCCCGUGGACGCCGCGCUGCACGGAGAGAAAACUGCAGACUAUGAUCUGUACACCGGAAAGCUCAAAGGGCCCAUUUCGAAGUUGGCGACACAGGCUAGCAAGUCGCGGAAGGCCAUCGUUGGAUCGUCGGCCACCACCUCAAAUGGUCUCGAGCACACUUCACAGCACGAACUAUCAAAAUCAGGACCGGGCUGGCCUUUAGAGGAUAUGAGCAUGGACGGCUUGCUCGAGUGGGAGAACUACCUAGUUCCAUAUCUCGAUCCUUUUGAUCCUCUUUACACCGACUCUAUGGGCUUGUGGCGAGCCGAUGACUUUUCAACGUAG